UUUUGCGUGUAAAAAAAAUUAACUGGCAACGUCUUUAAUAUAAAUCCAUUAAAAAAGAAAUAAACAAAAGUGCAAAUUGUUAGAUAUUUGCAAAUGAAUCCGAGUAUUAGUAUUGAACGUAAACGCGUUGACUGCAACGCACUACCUAAAGGUUGGCAACGCGAAGAAGUACACAGAAAAUCGGGCUGCAAUUCGGGCGUUGAUGUUUUCUACUACAGCCCCACAGGCAAAAGAAUUGAAAGUAAACCGCAAUUAGCACGUCAAUUGGGCGCCGAGAUGUUUGACAUUAGCAACUUUGAUUUUCAAACCGGCAAAAUGCAACUGCAUCGACAAAUGCCCUCGCCAUCCAUAUCACUGUAUCGAUGCAAUGCAGCGGGAACGAUUAUAAGCAACGCUGUCGCAGGUGGAAACAGUGCUGCCAAUGCCCUAAAACGUAAAUUUAGCAGAGCCCAAUCUCAAAGCUCAAACAAUAACAGCAACAGCGGCAGUGUGGGCAUUGUGACGUCGAUAUCAUCAUCAUCAUCGCCAUCAUCAGGCUCACCAGUAACAACAACAACUAUGGCAACAUCUGCAAUGACGGCAGCUAAUCAGCGGCAACAACAACAGCAACAACAAUUUGAAUUCAGCCGUGCUCUGCGCACAGAUGUCUCCUUGGUGCCACCGAUACGACAGACUGCCUCCAUAUUCAAGCAGCCGGUAACAGUAGUCCGAAAUCACGAGCCCAACAAGGUGAAGCACGAUGCCAAGCAUGGGGGACAGGAGAAGCCCAAACAACUGUUCUGGGAGAAGCGAUUGGAGCGUUUACGUGCCUGCCAUGAUAAUGGUGAGGAACUGGACGAAAUAUCACUGCCAAAAACAAUUCGAACUGUCGGUCCCAAUGUUAACGAACAGACUGUACUGCAAUCGGUAGCUACGGCACUGCAUAUGCUCAAUGCUGGCGUGCACGGCCAAAGUUCCACAAAGGCUGAGCUAACGAAGAAUGCAAUGGCAUUCAUGAAUCCCGAACAGCCGCUAAUGCAUGCGGUUAUCAUCUCAGAGGACGACAUACGCAAGCAAGAGGAUCGUGUGGGUUUGGCGCGACGAAAGCUACAGGAUGCCCUCAAGACAUGAAUACCACUGAUGAUAUUCAAUUAGAAAUUCCAUUAUGGCUAACAUAUUUUAUAAUUGUACUAUUAUUAUAUUCACUUCCAAACUAUGAGGUAACCCUAUUGCUCGAUUUCCGUUUCCUCUUCAAGUAUAUGUGAAAAUUUUAACAAUAAGUCUAGUUUUUUAAUAAAUAUUAAUAGUCAAACCAA